CAUAUGGAGUGUAUUUGUUGUAAAGAACGAACCGUAAACAACAGGGAAAAAAUUUUGCUCUGCAUAAUAAGUAAUUAAUUAAGUAAAAAAUACUUAUUAGAACUAAUCCAACACACAUAAUCAAGAGAAUGAAAUGAAAAUCUGAAUAAGCAGUGGAUCGUAUAUAUAUUGAAUCUCGUGUUAUGUUGCGGCAUAUUUAACUACAAAGGAUAAGGCUUUGAAUUUUAUAAAAAAAAACUACGGUCGAGGGUUAUUUUUGCGUGUUGCGAAAGGUAGGGGCGACUUCAAUGGUGUUUCCCUGGCAGUCACGAAAUAAUGCUAUUAAUCCCGGCACUACGAGCCGAUUGCUGGUGGCUAAGGCAUUUCUUAUUGGGACAUUUGCCUUUGGAACUAGAUGUUGUGAUGCAACAGCCACAGAUAUUGCUCUCGAUGCCAAGGCUACAUUGACGCAUAGGAUUGACAGUUUAAAUCUUUUGGUCUACACCUUCCUGCUUACCUUGACGGUCUUAACGAUAUGGUUGUUUAAGCACCAUCGAGUUUCCUGGCUCCAUGAGACGGGCCUCGCUGUGAUAUAUGGACUAAUUGUUGGUGCGGCAAUUCGAUAUUCCGGUUCAUCAACACCCUUAGUGCACUUGGAAGUAGAGCCGGAAUCUAAUUCAACAUUCAACCAAACAUUGCCACCUGAUACGCUAUGGCUAAAAUUUCCGGGGAAAUUAACUCCAAACGGCAGUGAUGCAGUUGAAAACAAAACAUAUGCCUACACUUUUCGUAGUCAAGUUUACGAUGUAGUCGAGAACGAAAUUGAUUUAAAAGCUACAUUUGAUCCUGAAAUAUUUUUUAAUAUUAUUUUACCACCAAUAAUAUUUCAUGCUGGGUACAGCCUAAAAAAGAAAUAUUUUUUCCGCAAUUUGGGCGCAAUUUUAACAUUCGCCAUACUGGGUACUACAUUAUCGGCGUUCCUAAUCGGUGCUCUUAUGUACGGUUUUGUGAAACUGAUGCCAACAUACUUGAGUAGCAGUUUCACAUUUCUGGACACGCUGUAUUUCGGAGCGUUGAUAUCACCAACAGAUCCACUAACAAUUCUGGCGAUUUUUCACGAUUUAAACGUUGAUGUGAACUUGUAUGCUUUGGUGUUUGGUGAAUCUGUUUUAAAUGAUGCUGUAGCAAUUGUUUUGAGUGGUGCGAUACAAAAUUAUGGAGAACAUUACUCUAGUACUGGAGAGUUUGAAACAUAUGCCUUUUUCCGAGCGCUAAGCGACUUUUUUGGUAUAUUUAUGCUGUCGUUACUGAUCGGCGCUCUAAUGGGCUGUUUUACAGCAUUGUUGACCAAAUUUACUCGUGUUCGAGAUUUUCCCCUAUUGGAGUCGGCGCUUUUUGUUCUCAUGUCGUACAGUACCUUUUUAAUAGCAGAAGCAUCAGAACUCACCGGCGUGGUUGCCGUCUUGUUCUGUGGAAUAUGCCAGGCGCAUUACACUUUCAACAACUUAUCCGAAAAUUCCCGAACACGAACUAAGGAAAUCUUUGAACUGUUAAACUUUUUGGCAGAGAAUUUUAUAUUUUCCUACAUAGGCGUUUCCAUGUUCACAUUUCCUAAACACCAUUUCGAUGCCGUUUUUAUUAUAACUGGAUUUAUAUGUGCGGCAAUUGGAAGAGCUGUAAAUAUUUAUCCUUUGUCGUGGUUAUUGAACUUAAAUAGAAAACCAAAAAUUUCUUCCAAUUUUCAACACAUGUUAUUCUUUGCCGGGCUACGCGGUGCUAUGUCUUUUGCAUUGGCUAUACGUAACACAUUAUCAGAGGCUAGACAGACGAUGUUGACGGCAACAUCUCUAAUUGUAAUUUUCACAGUUGUGAUCCAAGGUGGUGCUGCUAACUUUUUUCUUAACUGGCUUCAAAUACCAGUGGGAGUGGAUGAGGAAAUCGAACAGCUGAAUAAUUAUCAAGUUCGCAGUGUCUACAAUUCUAUGGAAAAUACAACAAAUAUGUCUGAAACUUAUUUGCAGGACUGUGGUGAUAUCGAUACAAACCCUGGAAGCAGCAGACGAAAUGAAAAAGCCGUACUUGCCAGGUUAUGGGGUAGUUUUGAUACCAAAUAUAUGAAACCACUGUUGACUCACUCGAGGCCUACUUUGUUGGAAACUUUGCCAGUUUGUUGUAAUCCCGUAGCUCGCCUUUUAACAACAACUGAGCAAUUAACCCAGGAUGGUGAUUUGCGUCGAACAGAUUCGGAUUCUGACAUUUGCAUAGAUGAUAGCGAUUUAAGUCGAAACCGAAGUGGAAGCGGUGGUGGCGGCUCUGGAGACCCGCGACGAAAUUCAAUCAAUCGUAUGGAAAUAAUGGAAAACGUUCAAAGUCCUGUAUCGACACGCAUUAGACUUUUAGGCUUUUAUGGCAAGAAUUUAUAGAGUAGUGAUGGUGUCACUAAAUAUGAAUUGUAAUCCUUUAGAUAAUUUGGAAUUUGGAAAUGCCUACAUAACUAUCUAUGUAAGCAUGUGUGUCUGUAAAGUUAUACCCUAUUUAUAUAUGAUGCCAUAUAUUAUACAUACAUACUUGAUAAAUACUCAUAGAAAUAAUUUGUAUCUAUUUACAUAUGUAUACAGAUAUUAUUACAUAUUUCCGAUAAUAAAAUAUAUAUUAUAAAUUUUGAAUAAUUGUUAAAAAGAUAAGAGUUUGAAAUUGAUGACUUCAAUUUGUUACUUAACUAACUUAAAAAUAUAUUGAAAUAUGCUGAAAUUUUUAUACGAAAUAUCAGAACAUGUGAAUGUUGAGAAACACACAUGCGAAAGACAUACUCGAAUGUAAUAGUAUGAGAUUAUAUCUGUGUGUGCAUAUUGUCACGUAAUAGCCUGUUUUGUGUCCUUAAAAUAUUUAUAUGAUUUUCUGCAAAUAUUGUUCAGUGCUAAUAGAAACAGUCUUAAUUGUUAUAUUCUAUUCUAAUUAUUUUGUAAGUGAUUUCACUUUUUGAAUGUGUAAUAAUGACGAUAUAAUAAUAAAGAUAUGGGUGAAUCAUACACAAAUCAAAUGUGUA